GAAAGAUGGCGAUCGGAGCGUCAGCCGCCCGGGUUUUCACCUCUAAAGGGCGGAGGUCAGGAGGUGUGCGUCUAGGAGGCAUCUCUGGAGCAUUUGAAUAAUGUGAGAGUUGGGAUGCAGUGAUGUCGACUCUCUGCCCUCCUCCAUCUCCAGCUGUUGCCAAGACAGAAAUUGCUUUAAGUGGUGAAUCUCCUUUAUUAGCAGCUACUUUUGCUUACUGGGACAAUAUUCUUGGUCCUAGAGUAAGGCACAUUUGGGCUCCAAAGACAGAACAGGUACUUCUCAGUGAUGGAGAAAUAACUUUUCUUGCCAACCAUACCCUAAAUGGAGAAAUUCUUCGCAAUGCAGAGAGUGGAGCUAUAGAUGUGAAGUUUUUUGUUUUAUCUGAAAAAGGAGUAAUUAUUGUUUCAUUAAUCUUUGAUGGAAACUGGAAUGGAGAUCGGAGUACUUAUGGACUGUCAAUUAUACUUCCACAGACAGAACUUAGUUUCUACCUCCCACUUCACAGAGUUUGUGUUGAUAGAUUAACACAUAUCAUUCGGAAAGGAAGGAUAUGGAUGCAUAAGGAAAGGCAAGAAAACGUCCAGAAGAUUGUUUUAGAAGGCACAGAGAGAAUGGAAGAUCAGGGUCAGAGUAUUAUUCCCAUGCUUACUCGGGAAGUCAUUCCUGUGAUGGAAUUGCUUUCAUCUAUGAAAUCACACAGUGUUCCUGAAGAAAUAGAUAUAGCUGAUACGGUACUCAGUGAUGAUGAUAUUGGUGACAGUUGUCAUGAAGGCUUUCUUCUCAAUGCCAUCAGCUCACACUUGCAGACCUGUGGCUGUUCUAUUGUAGUAGGUAGCAGUGCAGAGAAAGUAAAUAAGAUAGUGAGAACAUUAUGCCUUUUUCUGACUCCAGCAGAGAGAAAAUGCUCCAGAUUAUGUGAAGCAGAAUCAUCAUUUAAAUAUGAGUCAGGGCUUUUUGUACAAGGCCUGCUGAAGGUACACUUCCCAUUUGUCACAAGAGAAACCAAUUUUAAAAAAUAAUUUGUGAGACUCUUGGUCAAAAUACUUCAGAUAUCAGCAUUUCAUGCAUUUCAUGUUUAUAUACCCAGGGACUGACUUCCUUUAUAGAGUUGUGAGCAUGGAGUGUAUGUCUUACAGAUUUAUACUUAGUAUCAUCAGUGAAACACCAUGGAAUAUCUUUUAUUGUCCAGGUGGUUCCCUGUGACUAUGUGUCUAGCCUCAGGAUUUAAAAAAAAAUACAUGCUUGAAUCAGAUUGUAUCACUCAAUAGGAAAUUGAAUAGGAAUAUUCAAUAGGAAUAUUUCUUUUUUACUGAGCAGACUUGAAUUUUUAUUUUACCA